AUGGAGUUGGGAGGUAUAAGAGGUGGAAGAAAGGUAGGAAGUGGGGAUGAUGGAAGGAAGGGUAGUAAAUAUGAAAGGAAGGGAGGGUGGACGAAAGGGAAGUUAGGAAAUGGGAAGGUAGGUGCAAUAAGAUGGGUUGCAAAUCAUUUCCAUCACAACCACCCACUUUGGAUUCACUAUAUCCAAGAAAAAGUAAAUGCAAGCUAUACAGAAGAUCAGAGAAAGGAUCUUAUUAUUAAGUGGGAAGACCAGCUUGUCAAAAAUGUGACUCCUUUGAGACAAAACAAGCCAAAAACCACAUUUGGAUCAGGCGAGUCAAAUUCUGAUCUACAAGUUGAGUUCAGCAUGUGGGUGAGUGGAACAGAAAAAUCAGCCGAAGACGUCAUUAAGGAUGCCAAUCACACACCUAAAUGGGAGCUCGUUUUGAGUGUUGCUCUUGUUUCAUUAUAUUCAGUACUUGCUUUCAAUAAUAUUAAAGAUCCGGUUCAUUCUCAUACAAUGCUAGUCCUUAUGGGCAUGGUUGUCGUGUCAUUUUCAAUUUUGGCUGGUUUUGGAUUGACAGCAGCAUUUGGCAUUAAAUUUACACCACUGGCUGCUUCAGUUGUACCCUUUCUUACCAUUGGUCUAGGAAUUGAUGACAUCUUUGUACUUACAAACAUUCUGAGAAGCUCCCUCAAAAACCCAAAGUUGAAAUUCAUAAACAACACUGGGUCAUCAAAACCUGAAAAUGAGAUGAGAUUCACUGUAGCCCUAGCAGGACCUUCACUUGUGCUUACAACCUUUUCAAUCUUGGCAUCAUUCUUCAUUUCGUCCAUGAAUCCUAUGCCUAUUGUUCAAUGGUUCUGCUGGCAAAUGGGUAUCACUGCCUCAAUUCAUACAUGUGGCAUGCUACUUGUUUUUAUUCCACUCAUGUCAAUAGAUGCACGGCGUGUUAAGGCAGGCAUUGUUGACCCAUGUCUAUGGCCAUUUUGUGGAUUACACAGAAACAAAGGAUUAAAUGGUAAUAUUAAUAACAACCCACUUGUGCACAGCACCAAGUCAAUUAAGGAUGAUGUACAUGUUACAUUUGAAGGGCACGAGGGAAGCUCUUUAUUAUCUAGCCUUGUCACCAAAUAUUAUACCCCAUUGUUCCACAACAACGUUUUCAAGAUUGGAGUGGUCAUUGUAUUCUCGGGAUUACUGGGAUCCAUGAUAUACUUGGGGACAAAGGUUGAACAUGGCUUGAAGAUUUCAGAGGUGACAGUGACAGGUUCUUACCAGCAUGAUUAUGCAGUUGUGACUGAAAAUGGAUUCCCAGUUUAUGAUAUAUGGAUUGUCACAAGUUCACUUGACUACGCAAAUUCUCAGCCACAACUUUUGGACAUUUAUAAAACUAUGCAAGAGUUGAAACCUUGGGCUCCAGCACAACCAAAAGUACUUGAGCUCUCCUGGCUUGGUAAUUUGUAUCUUGCAAGAAACCAAUCAGUGAUACCUCCUCAGCAAUUCUACACAGCAAUACAAGAGUGGUCUCAAACUCCAUAUGGGUUGUUGUCUAUGCAGGACUUGGCAUGUUAUGAUAGUAGCACGAAUAAAGCUUUAAGUUGCAUUGCAGAAGGAAAUAAUUCAAACUACAGAAUCAGUGCCACAAAAUCAUUGCUUUUUGCGAGUGGUUUGGGUGCCGAGACAAAGCCAAACUUGGACAUGAUUAAGCAGACAAGGAAUGCACUUGACAGUGCCAAUAGAAGACAUUUUAAUGGAACUAAACUUUCAUAUGCAUAUGGCUAUCCAUAUCUGUUUUUUGAGCAGUAUCUUCACAGCAUUAAAGACAUGCUGACCGUUGUGGGUUUCGCCUUAGUUGGAGUCUUUGUAGCAGUUCUCUUAUUUCAAUGCAGUUUUACCAUAGCUUUAAUGAUAGCCGUAGUGCUGCUCAUGGUGGAUGUAGAAGUAUUUGGAUUUUUAUAUGUCAUUGGUGCCAAAUUAAACUCUUUGUCCCUGGUCAACCUGGGUAUUGUGAAACAGAUUCUGAAUGCUACCAAUUCUGUAAUCAUGAUUUUCCAUAUUUUACACAUAUUCAAAAGGAAACCAGAGAUUUCUGCAAUAAAUACCUCCUAUAAAGCUUACAGGGCCUAUUUUUACCAACAGAUUGGCAUGUCAUCAGAAUUAACCUAUUUGGCUCGCUGCUUCCUCGUUAUAGAUGGAACAAAGAAUGAAAGGGUGGGACGAGCAUUACAAUGGACAUUUGAACCAUUGCUGCAUGGCCUUGGGACUCAAAUUGCUGCUACCUUGCCCCUCAUUUUUCUCAAAUACCAUGCAUUUAGGCUGUAUUACUUUGCCAUGUUCACGAUCAUGGGCAUUUUAGGGUUUCUGAAUGGUUUCGUGCUCUUACCUGUUUUGCUCACUUGGUUGGGACCGCCACCGCUGCCUCAUGUAAAAAGAGAACACGCAGACACCAUCGACGGAACAAACAGAACAUCGUCAGAUGGCCACCCCAUGACUGGAUAUGGUCACGCGGAUCACGACAAGCCAGAUGAUGAUAAUAGCGCCACCUUCUCCCAACUGCCCAUCCUAACAACCGAUACGACCAGUUCAAACACUGGUGCUUGA